CUCUCACUUAGGAGCUUCUCCAUUCUGUCAGCUCUCCCGGAACAUCCAAGGCAAGACUGGCAUCCAGCGCAGCAGCGACUGACCAUAUACCCUGCCCCCCCAGGAACCAUGGAGUCCUUCAGCUCAAAGAGUCUCGCACUGCAAGCAGAGAAAAAGCUACUGAGUAAGAUGGCAGGUCGGUCUGUGGUUCAUCUCUUCAUCGAUGAUACAAGCAGCGAGGUGUUAGAUGAGCUCUACCGUGUGUCCAAAGAGUACACACGCAGUCGGCCCCAGGCCCAGCGGGUUAUCAAGGACCUGAUCAAGGUGGCUGUCAAGGUGGCUGUGCUGCACCGCAGUGGCUGCUUUGGCCCCAGUGAGCUGGCUCUGGCUGACCGUUUUCGCCAAAAGUUGCGGCAAGGUGCCAUGACAGCGCUCAGCUUUGGUGAGGUGGACUUCACCUUCGAGGCUGCCGUGCUGGCCGGCCUGCUGACUGAGUGCCGGGAUAUGCUGCUGGAGCUGGUGGAGCACCACCUCACCCCCAAGUCACACGGCCGCAUCCGCCACGUGUUCGAUCACUUCUCUGAUCCGGGCCUGCUCACGGCCCUCUAUGGGCCUGACUUCACUCAGCACCUUGGCAAGAUCUGUGAUGGUCUCAGGAAGCUGCUAGAUGAGGGGAAGCUCUGAGAGCCCUGAGCCCGGCACAUCCCACCUCGGUAAAAUAGCUGACUGAGAAAAUGACAGAUAACGGGCUUUCUAACCCUGCUCAUCUGCACUAACGCUUUUCAAUCCUCAGGCUUCAGUCUUUCCCAAGAGUGCUUUUGACUCUGAGACCACCCCACCCCCAAACUACUGGUGGAGAAGCAAUGCUGAGGAUUGAGGCCUCUCUCCCACUCCAGCCCCAGGACAGGAAACAAAGCUGCCUGAAAAAGAUGAAGUGAAACUUGGAUCUCUAUUUCCCCUAUAAGGGACGUUUGAAACAGGGAAGCCCCUUCCCCUAUGAACCAGGGAAAGAGGACAGAGCCUCCUAAUCCCUCUGGGGACACUAAAGACAGAAGGGGAAGGGGACCCUUAGAGAUAUCCUAGACCUCCAGCUCUAGGCAGAGCCUGGGUAGAUAUCAGAGGCUCUGUUCCAGAGUGUAGGAAGAAGGGGCAACAGCAUGGGAGAGUCUCACAGGAGAAAUAAAACUACUGAAACAUG